AUGGCUCAGUGGAAUCUCUGCCUUCUCUUUGGCUCCACGGUCCUUUGUACCAUGCUCAUUCCAUGCGGUGCCUUUCCGACAGGGGCUCCUGCCUCCGCCUGUGAGAAUAUGUUACCUGUGCACACUGGGAUCCAGCCCCAGCAAACUCUGGCUCCCUAUGAAUUUCUGGUGAGCUCACCGUCUUUCCUAAAUGGGCAACCGAUUAACAUUCAGAUCCUGGGGCCUACGUACAGAGGGUUAUUGUUAGAGGCUCGUUCGUUUGGUUCCACCACUGCACUGGGCUUUUGGAAGAGUCCACCCAACAACACAAAAUUCUUGCAGUGCUCUGGAAACCCAUAUGGAGCAGUGACUCAUUCCAACACCAAUUUAAAAACAAGACAGACUGCUUAUACAUGGCUCCCACCUAACUCUGGCUGCCCCUCAGUGGUUACAUUCGUGGCAACAGUCGCCUGGUCUCAUGAAAUCUACUGGACCAACGUCAAGUCUAAAGUGAUCUGGAAAAAUCCCAAAGCUACAUGCGGAGCCGAGACACCAACCAGAAUACUGCCUGCUGCAGCACUGUUAUCUCUGCUACUGAUUUUGUUUGGACACAUUUAG